UUAACCUAAACAAUAUCUCUUAUAAAAUCAUUAUUUCUAAUUUGGUAGUAUUCACAAAAGAUAUGCAUGAGCUGAUUUUGUUUGGAAUCUCAUACUAAUGGUUGCAUGUAAAAACAAAAACUAAAAAAUCUUUAAUAGUAUUAUAUAGGAAAAGCUAUAAUCAUUAUACAAAAACUGUAUCAUCAUCAUCAUCAAGCUUGAAAUCACUCUCUUUCAUCCUUCCCCGCGCACUGUGUCUCGCUCUCUCUCUCCCACAUUUCCAUUAUCUCCUUUACUUUCUUUCUUUGAGAAUGUCUUCUACAACAAUCGGCGAGCACAUCAGACUCCGACGAGCUAGAAACCAAACAAUCCGUCAUCUCCACGCCGCCGACGAUGAUCCGCCGCUAAGCCACGUCGUUCUUCCGAUUUCACAACCUAAUCGCUUCUGUAACUCCGCAAUGUCUUCCUUCUUUCCCCUCCCGACUUCCUCCUCCAACGAAAGCACGAGGAAGAAACCGUACCAAACGUCGUCGUUUCGAGGGAUGGGUUGCUAUGCCGCAGCAGCAGCAGCAGCUCAAGAGGUUUCUGUUCCCUCCGUCAUUCGCUACUCCGCGGAUUUGGAUGCCAGAAUUAGAAAAGAUAAGAAGAAGAAGAAGCAUAAGCAUAAGAAAAAGAAAAAGAAGAAUAAAGGAAGCUACGAAGAUGGUUCGAUUAGGAUUUUAAGCGAAGAAGCUAGAGACGUUAUUGAUGUUUGGUGCAGACCUGGAUUAGGCUUCUCCACGGAUGCUGUAAUUGGUCGAUCGGUUGAUCCUCCUCGGGGAAGGAAUAUUCCGUCGUCUCGUCGCAAAAUUGAUGUGGAUAACAACAAUUAUAAUCACACACUGGGUUCUUCUGUUCUUCCCAUUCGGUUUCUCAAUCAAGAAACUCAUUCUCAUGAUAUCUUCAACUCUGAUUCUACUUUUGUGACAUCAUCACGCGCUGAACCAACGAUGUUGUCAAGUAGAUGUCGUGGCCAUCUUCCACGCUCUUACCCUGAUGAUCUUACCGAGGUAGAAUGUUCUUGCCAAAUAGUUGCCUUGUCUUUCUUGCAUCUGGUAAAUGUUAUAGAUUUGACUUCUUAGUUUAUUAACUGAUCACACUCAACACUAUGUUAAGGUUUGACUUGUCACUUGGCUUCAUAUCAACUAAGAGAUUAUUCUAGAGUUGUCUCUUACAUAUUCUAGUGACUGAUAGAGUGGAAGACAAAUAAUGUAAUCGUUCUCUUUGGUGCUGUAUGGUGCUGUAAAACUGUUUUGGAUGGCUAAUAGCAAGUGAGCAAGUUAAAGAACUAAACCAUGCAGCUAGUGUAGUCAUGUUCCUGCUGUUCACUGCAGAUGAGGAUGCUCCAGAAUGGUUUUGUAAUGGGAAGAAUAACAGAUUCCCGUGAUAACUACCACGAAUUGAGGCUCGAUGUUGAUAGCAUGUCAUACGAGCAACUUCUUGAGCUUGGUGAUAGAAUUGGUUAUGUGAAUACUGGACUAAAAGAAAGCGAGAUACAUCGUUGUCUUGGGAAAAUCAAACCAUCCGUAUCACAUACUCUUGUUGAUAGAAAAUGUAGCAUCUGUCAGGAUGAGUAUGAGAGAGAGGAUGAGGUUGGGGAAUUGAACUGUGGACACAGCUUUCAUGUCCAUUGCGUGAAACAAUGGCUUUCGAGGAAGAAUGCUUGUCCGGUCUGUAAGAAGGCAGCAUAUGGCAAGCCUUAAAAGACUUUUGUAUCUCGUCGGGUUUCUGAUAGCUCAAGAUCUUUCAAGCCACCUUGCUGUAUAGAGAUCUGUAUCAUCUGAUACUUGAUUCAUAUUUGUUGUUUUUGCAUUUAGCAAUCACAAUUUUUUUUUUUUAAGAUCUUAUAUUCUUUGUUGGGUCUAUUUAUGUGAUUGAAAUCAAGAGUUUGAAAUCUAUGUUUUCUGUUGCCUAGGUAGAUUUAAGACAGGUAGAGAGUAAUUUAGCAUAUAGCAUACACGCACGUAACUAAGAAUCAAUGUUUUAACGUUUGAGUCUGC